CUGCCCACCUGUGGAAGAAACCGCCCUGACUGAUGCGCCAUCGACUUUUUCCCCUCGACCUCGCCAGCGUCCCCUCCCACAGAUUCAGCAUCACCCAGUGAAUGUACAUUAGGGUGGUUCCCCCCUACCACCACCAGCUUCGGGCUUUGUUUGUGUUUGAUUGUGUUUGGCUCUUCGCUAAGCUGAUUUAUGCAGCAGAAGCCCCACCGGCUGAAGAGAAACAAAAGCUCUUUUCUUUGUCCCAGAGCAGGCUGCGGAGCCCUUGCGGAGACCUCUCUCCAGUAGCCGCCGGGGCCCUUGGCAGUCGAAGGAGGUGCUUCUCGCGGAGAGCCUGGGACCCGCUGUGCCGAGCCAGGAGGGCCGCGAGGGCCCUGAGAUGACGAGCGGUGCCCGGGCCCGCUUACCUGCUUCGCUUGCUCCGAGCCGCGGGGUCCGCCUGCUGGGCCUGCGGGAAACGUCCCAGAGACUCUCGGCCCCCGAGGUGCGCUCGUGAGGCGCGAGCACGCGACCGGAAAGCAGCCAGGCGGCGGGCGCGAGGCGGGCUGUUUUACAUUAUGUGCCGCUCGGCCCUGGCUUUUUUUACCGCUGCUCUUGCCUGCCUGCAAAACGACCGGCGAGGUCCUGCCUCGUUCCUCUGGGCAGCCUGGGUGUUUUCACUUGUUCUUGGACUGGGCCAAGGUGACAAUAGAUGUGCAUCUUCAAAUGCAGCAUCCUGUGCCAGGUGCCUUGCACUGGGUCCAGACUGUGGAUGGUGUGUUCAAGAGGAUUUCAUUUCAGAUGGAUCAAGAAGUGAACGUUGUGAUAUUGUUUCCAAUUUAAUAAGCAAAGGCUGCUCAGUUGAUUCAAUAGAAUACCCACCUGUGCAUGUAACAAUACCCACUGAAAAUGAAAUUAAUACCCAGGUGACACCAGGAGAAGUGUCUAUCCAGCUGCGUCCAGGAGCUGAAGCUAAUUUUAUGCUGAAAAUUCAUCCUCUGAAGAAAUAUCCUGUGGAUCUUUAUUAUCUGGUUGAUGUCUCAGCAUCAAUGCACAAUAAUAUAGAAAAAUUAAAUUAUAUUGGAAAAGAUUUAUCUAGAAAAAUGCAAUUUUUCACCACUGACUUUCGUAUUGGAUUUGGCUCGUACGUUGAUAAAACAGUUUCACCAUACAUUAGUAUCCACCCUGAAAGGAUUCAUAAUCAAUGCAGUGACUACAAUUUAGACUGUAUGCCUCCACAUGGAUACAUUCAUGUGCUGUCUUUGACAGAGAACAUCACUGACUUUGAGAAAGCAGUUCACAGACAGAAGAUCUCUGGAAACAUAGAUACACCAGAAGGAAGUUUUGAUGCCAUGCUUCAGGCAGCAGUCUGUGAAAGUCAUAUUGGAUGGCGAAAAGAAGCUAAAAGAUUGCUGCUGGUGAUGACAGACCAGACAUCUCAUCUUGCUCUUGAUAGCAAAUUGGCAGGCAUAGUGGUGCCCAAUGACGGAAACUGCCAUCUGAAAAACAAUGUCUACAUCAAAUCGACAACCAUGGAACAUCCCUCACUAGGCCAACUUUCAGAAAAAUUAAUAGACAACAACAUUAAUGUCAUUUUUGCAGUUCAAGGACAACAAUUUUAUUGGUAUAAGGAUCUUCUACCCCUCUUGCCGGGCACCGUUGCUGGUGAAAUAGAAGCAAAGUCUGCAAACCUCAAUAAUUUGGUAGUGGAAGCCUAUAAGAAACUCAUUUCAGAAGUGAAAGUUCAGGUGGAAAACCAGGUACAAGGCGUCUAUUUUAACGUUACCGCCAUCUGUCCAGAUGGGUCCAGAAAGCCAGGCAUGGAUGGAUGCAGAAAUGUGACAAGCAAUGAUGAAGUUCUUUUCAAUGUAACAGUUACAAUGAAAAAAUGUGAUGUCACAGGAGGAAAAAGCUAUGCAAUAAUCAAACCUAUUGGUUUUAAUGAAACCACUAAAAUUCAUAUACACAGAAACUGCAGUUGUCAGUGUGAGGACAACAGAGAACCUAAAGGAAAGUGUGUAGAUGAAACUCUUCUGGAUUCCAAGUGUUUCCAGUGUGAUGAGAAUAAAUGCCAUUUUGAUGAAGAUCAGUUUUCUUCUGAGAGUUGCAAGUCACACGAGGAUCAACCUGUUUGCAGUGGUCGCGGAGUUUGUGUUUGUGGGGAAUGUUUAUGUGACAAAAUUAAGCUUGGAAAAGUGUAUGGAAAAUACUGUGAAAAGGAUGACUUUUCUUGCCCAUAUCAUCAUGGAAAUCUGUGUGCUGGGCAUGGAGAGUGUGAAGGAGGCAGAUGUCAAUGCUUCAGUGGCUGGGAAGGAGAUCGGUGCCAGUGCCCUUCAGCAUCAGCCCAGCACUGUGUCAAUUCACAGGGCCAAGUGUGCAGCGGAAGAGGCACGUGUGUGUGUGGAAGGUGUGAGUGCACCGAUCCCAGGAGCAUCGGCCGCUUCUGUGAACACUGCCCCACCUGUCAUGAGGCCUGCAAGGAAAACUGGAAUUGUGUGCAAUGCCCUCACUCUCACAAUUUGUCUCAGGCUAUACUUGAUCAGUGCAAAACCUCAUGUGCUCUCAUGGAACAACAACAGGAUUUUGUUGACCAAACAUCAGAAUGUUUCUCCAGCCCAAGCUACUUGAGAAUAUUUUUCAUCAUUUUCAUAGUUACAUUCCUGAUCGGGUUGCUUAAAGUCCUUAUCAUUAGACAAGUGAUACUGCAAUGGAAUAGCAAUAAAACGAAGUCCUCAUCAGAUUACAGAGUGUCAGCCUCAAAAAAGGAUAAGUUGAUCCUGCAAGGUGUCUGCACAAGAGCAGUAACCUACCGACGUGAGAAGCCUGAAGAAAUAAAAAUGGAUAUGAGCAAAUUAAAUGCUCAUGAAACUUUCAGGUGCAACUUCUAAAAAACAAUUUUUAAAUACUUAACGGGAAACUGGAAUUUUUAAUAAUUGCUCCUAAAGAUUAUAAUUCUAAAAGUCACAGGAGGAGACAAAUUGCUCACGGUCACGCCAGUUGCUGGUUGUACACUCGAACAAAGACUGAUAAGCAUCCUCAUCAUCGUGUGACUCACAUGGCUGCUGAGUUUUUCAGAGAAAUAUGUGUCUUACUACUGUUGGAGACUAGUGUCAUAGUAGCACUUUACUGUAACAUAUAACUUAUUUAGAUCAGCAUAGAAUGUAGAUCAUCUGAAGAGCACUGAUUACACUUUACAGGUACCUGCUGUCCUAUACUUCCCAGAGAGACCUGCUGUGAGAGAGUUUAGCAUUGUGUCACUACAAAGGUACAGUAAUCCCUGCACUGCACACGUGAGGGAAAAAUAAUCUGGCAAGUAUAUUCUAAGGUUGCCAAACACUUCAACAGUUGGUGGUUGAAUAGACAAGAACAGCUAGAUGAAUAAAUAAUUCAUGUUUCACUCUUUCAAAUGGUGAACAGAUAAAACCUUAAUCUUAAGAGAUUACUGCUUUUUAAAGUGUGUAGUUUUAGGCAUGUGUGUUUAUGGUUUGCUUCUUUUUACAAGAUAGAUACUAAUUCCAGCAUUCUCUCCUCUUUGCCUUUGUUUUGUUUUUCCUCCUUACAGGAUAAGUUUAUAUAUGUCAGAGAUGACUGGAUUAAUUAAGUGCUAAGUUACUACUGUCAUAAAAAACUAAUAAUACAAUGUCACUUUAUUAGAAUACUGGUUUUAAAAGCUGAAUGUUAAUAGGGAACAUAUUAAGUAUCAUCAAAACCUGAAUAGCUUCAUUGUGCACAGGUGUGGAGUUUUGUAUCCUCUUACCUGGUAAACUGAAGGGAUUGGCCAUUGCAUUUGUCUGAUCAUUCAUUCACAAGAUAUUUAGAAACUCUGCCUCAAGCAAAGUACCACAUUUUGAAUGUUUUCUUGGAUUUUGACUCAAGCAGAUAUCACCAUUUUCAAAUAUAAAGCUAUGUUAUCUUUUCCCUUCAAUGCAGCCUAAGGAUGUUCUUUUCCUGAAUCACUCCAACCCUUCUUGCCAGAAUUUAUA